CACAGCCAAGGAAAGGACAUCGAGAUGGCGACGGCAGUGGCCCUGCUCUCUCCGGCCGUACAUACUCUCGCUGUAUCGCCUCGCAGUCGUCGUACGCAGCGUGUCAGGCACCCCGUACCUCAAGCAUCGGGUGAUGAUUUGAUUUCAUCUGCGCGCUGCUCCUUUUGUUUCAGCCAGAAGAAGAACCAGGAAACCGACGACAGCGGGGAGGCCGGCCGGGGAGCGGGCAACGGCGGCGUGGCCGGUGAUGAGGCACGGCCUCUGUUCCCGUGCCUCUUCUGCGACAGGAAGUUCCUCAAGCCGCAGGCCCUCGGUGGCCACCAGAACGCGCACAGGGAGGAGCGCGCGGCCGGCUGGAACCCCUACGUCUACGACGGCCAACCCGCUGCCAGCGCCGCCUCGUCUCACGCCGCCGCCACCGACAACUUCAUCCCUAUCGCCACGCACGGUGGUCGCGGGGGCGCCGCCCCACCGCCCCUGCAUGUCGUUCCUGAGGCUGGCACGCUGGCUUCGUCGGUCCACGGCGUGCGUGUGGCAGCCGGCCCGUUCUCCGGCGUCCACGACGACGUGGGGGACAUGCUAAGCUCGAUCGGGAAGGUCACCGGCCUUUGAGCCGGCGCCGGAGAGCAACACCAGCGUAGAUAUCGACCUGGAGCUGCGACUCUAGCAGAGUUAGCUACCAACGACAUGCAUCUUGCAGGAUUAUCUUCCAGCUCUCUUCAUUAAUUGCCUUUAUGAAUCUAUCUUUUGAAGGUUUGUGUUGCCCUUCUUCAGUUUUUGUUUUGUUUUGUGAAGUGCCUUUUAUUUUUUCAGACCGAUGGUUCGUUAACUUAUUCAAGCAUGACCUACUUGCCAUACUAUUGAGUAAUUUCAAAUAUUAUUGCAUCGCAUCGUCAAAUUGCUAUAUCUCUGUGAUUGCUUCAUAAAUAAUACUACUAUCUCUUUUUUUGCGGGGUCAUAAAUAAUAUCUCAACGUGGUUCUGUCUUAGAAAUGUGUUAUGUCCAACAUUAGAGUAUGCAUAUGUGUUCAAUCGGGCACGAAUAAGUAGCUUUCUGUUUUCUCUGUAACUUUCUUAAUAAGACAGGUGGCUAGUGCAUUUGUGUGGCCAGAAUUUAUUACACAUUGCUGUAACUAAUCAUCGAUCCAUGCAUCUGAAUGGGCCAGCUUAAUCACGGUUAACCAAUGAUUUCUAAAUAAAUAGAAAUUUCCUAUUGCUUGGAAAUAUAAUUUGUAACGUGUAGUUUUCCGUUGUUACCAACUUACAAGUAGAACGUCUUUUGAAUAAGGAACUUCAUAUUAGACACUUUAUAUAUACAUAUAUAUGGUUCGGAACUAAGUCAUGGACCUGAUGUUUCUUAUUUGUAAGAAAUUUUUUCAGUUUUCAACUUUGUUGCCUUGCUUUCUUAGAUUCUUAUUUGGGUUUGGUUGUUCAAUAGUUACAAAAAGUAUUGCAACCUGUAAGGUUUCAAGAACAGUCUUAGUUGCGGUUUUGAACACAUGGGAGAACUUUUUUUGUUGUUGCAACGAACACAUACACAGACAUGUUUUACUGAAAUUAAUAUGUAAUUGGCAUGCGCAUAUUCACAUGAGAUCUAACAUACGUAGUUGUAGUAUGAAAACAAAAAAGAAGACACACGCAGUUCAGCCUUGUCAUGGCUAAUUCAGUUAUAAUUUGCUACGUACCAAAUGGCAUUUAAACAAUGGUAAUAGGAUUUUUGUUUUUGUUGCAUUUAUCAUUUGUAAAGAGUAUCAUACAUUGAACAUUAGUUUUCGGUACAGUUACAUGACACAAACAACAAUCAUCAGAUAGGUGUUGAAGAAGCAAAACAUGUGAUCUGAGGUUGGAUCAGAUGGGAUGUAAAACAUGACAUAUUUGAUCACAAUGUGGUGGCGGAGGCAGGAUUUCAGGUAUGCUGGGUAAUGUGUUUUUUCUUUUUUGCUUCACAACAAUGUAAGAAAUAAA